GGAUAGACAAACAUGUUUGUCUGAAUACAAUAGAUUGGUGACAGGUGGGACAUUGUGCCAAUAACUUAUCCAUAUCCACUUAAUUUUCGAUUUGGACUGUAUCUACCAUGGUAUCUGUGUACGGACAUUAUGGUGGGGUGGGUCCUAUUUGGAGUAUGUUCUGGAUGUUCUGGGUAAAAAGUGUUGUGGGGUCAAAGAGGAAUAGCAUAUUCAUGAGGCAUGGGUAGAUAGGAAAAUGUUCUGGAUGUCCUGGUAUGGGUAAAAAGUGUUGUGGGGUCAAAGAGGAAUAGCAUAUUCAUGAGGCAUGUGUAGAUAGGAGUAUGUUCUGGAUGUUCUGGUAUGGGUAAAAAGUGUUGUGGGGUCAAAGAGGAAUAGCAUAUUCAUGAGGCAUGUGUAGAAUAUACUUUUGUUAGGUGGACUAAUCCCAGGCGGUUGGGAAAAAGGCUACAGGGAGAACUUCAAGGCUUGCAGAUACAAAAGAGUGCUCACUACUCGGAGAGAAUUAAGCUAUUUGGAGUCUGGUUAGAUACUUUCUAGAGCAAGGAAAGAGAAGGAAAUUUAUUGUAUGGCAGCAAAUUUGCAGAUGCGAGGUUUCUUCACUGGAGUUGUCAGAGGAGUCAACAAGAUCAUCUGCGGCAACCUCAGGGAUCCUACAUCUUCACAACCCUACAUCGUUCAAAACAGUCUCAUUCAGGGAUCUUUCAGGAGGUUUGUGCAUUCAUCACUGUAUGAGAAGAAUGAAGAUGAUGGUGCUCAUUUGAAUAGGGUUCCUGAGGAUGUAAUUGAGCCUCAAACUCAGAAAAGCUGGGUACCACAUCCCAAAACUGGAGUGUUUGGUCCUGCGGAGGAGAAUAACUGGACAGGUGGUGAUCAGCACCAUUCUCAUGAAAAGAGUGGUGACUCAGUUCUCGAGCAGCAGGCCUGGUUCCGCCCUUUGGAAGACGUUCAGAAGCAGCCCUACAAUUGAUUACUGAUAUACUCUGUAUAUGUAAAUAUUCUGCAGUCAAGUUAUUUAAGAAUAAGCAGAAGUGCUAGAGUGUCUUAAGGCCUAAGUCAUAUACAAUAGUUUCCUACAUUUGCAGAUAUAUGUGGUAUGAUUGUGGAAGAACCCAUGUGUGGAUUCUGUUUGAUGAAUUUGGACAUGUUAUUAAGAAGCAUAAAGGUUUCUGCUUGUGAUUUUCUAA